UUUCUCAGUCGUCGUGGACUCGGUGAAGUGCAGUGCCCGAGUAAGGAUUGUUGUUGAGUUUUUGUUUUCAUCGAAGAGGAGAACAAUGGCCGAGGAAGGCGACGGCAGGCACAAUGAUUUUGGAAGAGUUAAGUCGGACUUCGUGAAGGUGGUGACGAAGAAUCCGAAGAAAACGUCCUUUUUCGUCUGCAAAGCUAUCGAAGUGAUUUUAUGCAUCACCGCGAUAUGCCUGACCAACAACCCAUUGGACGAUUACAGAAUCCGCCGGGAUUUUCUCAACAGUUUCACCGACAUCGAGGGAGCGAUUGUCUUCACGUCGCUCUACGGUUUCACACUGACAAACUUGAUAUUCGUACUUUCUAGCGUUCUCGGCGACAAGCUGCCGAAGAAAAUGCUGAUGCUGUUCUCGGGCGUGGCGUCGAGCCUGUGCUGCAUAGCCGGCGUCAUACUGAUAAUCGAGUUGGACGAGAACACCAUCAUGCCCCAGGAGAUUCAACUCCUGCCCAGCGGGAUUUUCACCAUCCUCGCCUCGGUGACGUUUGCCCUCGAGACUCUGCUCACGUACAAAUACGCAUAACGCCGCCACAUAAAUAUAUUACACGCAUAUUCAUGUAUACCCAUAUUUGAUACGCCGUUCAUCCAACUAUAUAUUACAUGGUUGCUAUCAUCUCACGUCAGAAUACUUCCGCUGCUAUUUACUCAUGUACUGUUUCAGGAAGUCCUGCUUGCGUUUCUUUUCUUUUUUUUUCUCUCUUUUUUUUUUUUUUUGUCAUUAGGCAUAAGGUUUUUUUUAAAAGCCGGUAAUUGUAGCUUUAUCCGUAAAAUCGGUAUGAAUAAUUUACCAUCAGAAUCAAUACGAGUACAGGACCUUCGCUUUAUUGUUACCAGCGCCCUGCCCAAGUAGAUUGUAAUGUUUUUUAAGUAUUGAAUUACGGUUAUGAAAAAUUAGGGGAUAAUAUUCAACAACGCGUGCCAUCGUUUGCAGUUUUUGAAAAAAAAAAAAAAAAAAAAAAAUCAUUUUUACAUUCAAUGACGCGACUGAUUGAUUUAUGUGGCAGCCACAGCUAAUCAUGAAAAAGUGUUUAAAAUAAAAAGAACUUUAAUGACCCACGAGUCGUGGUGGGAUUGUUGUAAAAAUAAGUCAUCUACUAUUUGCCGUGUUUGGAAAAUAGGGUCACCGACUAAAUAUGGCAAAACAAGUUUAUAUACUGGUAUUUCUUACCAGCAUUAUAUGGAGCAAGCUCGUCGCGUUUCUUUCCAUUUCGCGAAAGAACCAGAUUUUUGCAAUAAAAACAUUUAGCGACUCGAAGACUAAAUGAACGAGGUGUCAAAAUAUAAUGCGCAGUGUAGUUUUAAUACGAUAUCCAAAAAAUAAAAGACAAUUGUUCAAGUA